UUUUUUUGGCAGGGCGCCCGGCCAACAGGGAGCUCUACUCCCGAAGCCCGGCCACCACCCGGGCCACCCGGCGGAGGGCCGCGCACGCGGCCGCACAGAGUCCACACGUGCCGCGCCAGUGCGUGCACCGUGCGUGGCGUGGUGUGCCUCACGGUAGCAGCAGGAGUAGGACUCUGCGGUGCAAAGAAACGCCUCGGACUUGUUAAAGAACGCUUGGACAUCAGUACGGGCGGGCACAGAUGUUUUAUACGAGUACUUGUGUGCAUAAAUAUAUACAAGUGGUGAGGGAUCUCGCGAGCUUCAGCUUUGACCACCAAUCGAUCUCGAGCUGACUGCCUGACUAUAUAUAUAUAUAUGUAUAUAUAACAAAAAGGCAUCGUCACUCCCUCACCUCAUUUUCCUUAAGCUUGAGGGUGGCUUCAUUUUGGAGUGGUGGUGGACUGGUGGUGUGUGUCCAUACACGGAUCGGCAUGGGUUGCAGAAGGUCCUCUUCAACUGUUCUCAUGGCCAUCGUGGCCAUCUUCUUGCUCGCACUUGACCAUUCCGUUGCUCAUGCUCGCCCAGUGAGGAGCCCGUCCAUGUCGACCGGCGAGCAUCCAUCUACAAAGGAAGUACUGCAAGCGACGAGGAAGCACGGCGCCAAGGCCGCCAGCACUGAAACCGUGCACAUGAAGCCGGGAUCAACGGGCGUGGUUGGACGAAGGGUUGAACAGCCAAGCUUCGUCCGCGGAGGAAACAGCAACAGUCCGGCCUCUGCCGAGAAGGUAGUGGUGGUCGCGAGAUACGGACCCAGGCCUCACCCUAAAAAACACAACUAAGUUUUACUUAUUAUAGGUGCCCGUUCAAGUGUUGCUGUAUGUAUUUUUUGUAGCCUAGGUAGUUCCUCCCCUUCUCACUGUUUUAGGUUCUGUCUCGAUCAAUAGGUAAGAUAGGCAGGGGAUGGAUCAAACUACUCCAUAGAUCAUAAUAGUGUAAUAGCCAGUUAUUAAUUUCAUCACGUAUAGAACAGUGCUGAUGCAUGCUUUCCUUUGAGUCGAGACAGUCAUGGAGCCAUCAUAUCAGCUAAACUCGAGCCCUCAUAUUUCAUCAAACAGCGCACCUUCAAUUUUA